AUGGCGCGGUUGAGAUUUCCCGGUCGUCCUGGAUGCAGGUUUGAUCGUAUGGGUGUCCGAUACGGCGCCGACGAUGCAAAAAAUGUCAACGAUCCAACAUUGGUUCUUGUGGCCAGUAUCCACAGAGGUCUGCGGUUGUUCCGUGAAUUGUUUGGAGAGUCAGAUGAGGAGGAAGACUUUGAGGGUUUCACUCAAAAAGAUGUACAAAAAUCAGAAAAAAAGCUCAAGGCCAUGUUGGCUCAGUGUGAAAGCUCUCCAGAAAAAGUUACGUCAUUCAAGCCGAUUGGUAGUAGGCUUGCCAAGGCCAAGGAAAAGCUGGCCUCGCCUGAUCGUGGCCGUGGUAUCCGUAAAUCUUACACAGAACUACUGAAGCAUGGCAUUGUCAAACCAUCAAAAUCGUCCAUGCUGAAACAAGCCCGAGAAGAAACUCAAAAGUCCCUGAAAAUUAAAUUUAAAGUGAAAAAGGAAAAAUCAGGUUCGGAGAGCUCUCCACAGUUUUCUCAAAAGGUCCAGGUAAAGCGAAAAUCUGUUGAGACAGGUGUGAAAAAAACUGGGGCGGUAAAUGUUAAACAGAAAAAGGGGAAAAAAGAUGGGGCAAAUGAAGAAACUCCACAAUACAGCAAGAAAAAGGUCAAGGAGAGAGAUAAAUUGUCUGUAGCUCAGGGGUCAAAGGGGGUCAAGGGUCAACAAAAUCUGGCCAAGCAGUUGCUUCAGAAAGCUCGUAAAGGCCAACAGACAGUCAAAGUACCGGGGAAGGUGAAAUCUCCAGUCACAAGCCCUAAAAGCCCUAGAGGUCCAGCAUAUCCGCGGAAACAGUUUGUGCUACCAACACAAAGUUCAAGGUCAUCCAGAGUUAUUAUUCCAAAUAAGAGAUUUUUAGAACAAGAUGAUUUUAAUCAAAUAAUGACCAAGAGAUCUCGUGUAGAAGACAGUACACUGUCACCUAAAUCAGAGACGUUCCCCGUUACUAGUGCAAGAGGAAAAGUACCAGAAAAGUCAAAGGUCAAGGCUGAACAGAUGAAGUCCCCACAAUUAACCAGUCUGCCCCCAGGGCCACCCGUCCGACCUCCUCCCGGGCACCUGUUUGACCCUAUAGAAGCAGGACAGACGCUGUCGUUGUAUGACCAGCCAUUAAUUGUCGAGGGAAAGCGUGCCCGGAAGCCCAGUCUAAAGGUCCGCAUCAAACUGACAGACGAACGCAUCCAGGCUUUUCAAGUAAAAUCAUUUGAGAAAAAACUUCAAGCACGUAAAACAAUUGAAGAAGAGAAAGCUGCUGUCGGAGGUGUACAGGAGUCUAAAAGAGUACACCUAACACCGUCAAAGCUUGCAGGUGCCGUCACUUCUCCAUCGAAACUACCAACGUCGCCGAUAUUUGCACCACCGAAAUUUGGUGUGUCUGGACAAAGUGCUCUCUCGGAGAGGCAGAGGUUGGAGGCGCUGGAAAAAGAAGCUCUAGCCACGCGAAGGAAGGGACACAACAUUUUACGGAAGGCCAAACUCCAGCUAAGUCGAUCAGCCCUCAAUAGAUCGAAGGCAGACUUUGCAAGAACACUCAAAAAGGAAAUAAAGAUGGAAGCCAAGCUUGAGAAAAUGAGACUGAAGCAAGGAUCUGCAGUUGGAGGAUUCAGCAAGGUGUCUGGUUAUUCAACAUUUGCGGGGGUAGCAAAGAGUUACAUGGAUGCCAAGGACGAUCAGCCAGGACCCGGGGGGCAGGGAACAGAGUCAGGGAUGCCACACAGUACAAGGGAGGGUUUGGUCUGUGCGGUGUGUAAGGAUUCCAAUCUUCCCCCAGUGCGGCGUCGGAACUACUAUGGCGUCCCAUGCUGUGAUGGUUGUCGACGAUUUUACAGGGUCCACAUGAAACGUGCAAAAGAAAAAGAAUUCUUCUGUAAUGGUAACUGUAAUACUGAUAUACGACGGUGCGUGUUUUGUCGAUACCUGCGAUGUCAAGAAGUACUGCCAGCCGAGGAUAAACUGAAACCAUUGAAGGAUUCACCAACUAAGAGACUUGUCCAAGGAGAUUCGGCCGAGAACACAGAAGGAUUGAUGUCCCCGCCUAAAACUAUACCUGCGACGGCACAGAUCGUAGGCGAGCUAGAGGAAGGUGUUUCAGCUCCCUUAACCAGCUCGCCGGAGAGUGUAGCCUCGUCUCCAGCAUCUGAGGGACGUGGGCCCCGCAUCAAGCAUGUGUGUAGGAAAGCAGCAGUAGUCCUUGGGAAGCCGGUGGCCAAGUUUCCUCAGACUUCUCCACAGUCGUCAUUGGAGAUCACACUAAGUGCCUUACCUCGAGGAGAGAAAGUAAAACUAUGGAAGAAGGAGGAGGAAUCAAAAGCUGGGUUGUCAGACGAUGAACGCACCCUGGAUGAGAUUAUCCAACAGUCCGAAGAUAAUGUUUGUACAGUAAAGAGAUCUCCACAUAAGUCACCUGCGUUGAAUAGACUGAUUCCAGGAUCUCGAGGUCGACUCACCGUCCGCAGACGUAAGCUCCGCUGUAAAAAGUGCCCUGGAUGUCUCGCUAAGGAUUGUGGGAAAUGUCUCUACUGCCAGGACAAGCCCAAGUUCGGAGGUCGUGGAGUCAUGAAGCAGGCGUGUAUGGACCGGAAAUGUGAAUUUCCACGUUAUUCAAGAGCAGCAACAGCAGCAUUCAUUAAACCUAAGGAUCCUCCGCCAGAGAGCCAGACAUGUGAUCAAGGUUGUAACACGCCAGUGGAGCUACCAGAACCCUCCGACCCUUCCCAGAAUACCGCAGGCUGUGGUAACCCUAACACCAAGAAUGGAAAUGGAACAAGCUCCAGCAUGAACCUGAUCAGACGGAUGGUGCUGCAGAGUCAAGGAAAUGCUCGUCCCGAGGGAGGAGUCAAACAUUCUGGGGACCCAGAUCCAGCGAUUAGGACACCUGCAAAUAUUAGCCGACAGCUACUGCCUCACUUCAGUGGGGGUUUGUCCCGAGAAAACUUGUCACAAAAAUCUGGACGACAGAGCCCACUCGUGCCACCUUUUCGGCCAGGAGAUCCCUCCAAGAAACCAGGACUCGGGGUAUUGUCACCAAAGAAAUUACCAAAAGCGAAGGAUAGGAACUUGACAGUACUGAGGUCUGAGAAUUGCGUUCUCCAGCCACUACCAUCCACCUUGAGACACUGGCCUCAGAGUGGAUACCGGAUUAAGGCAGAAUUCAAGGAGAACUAUGAUAUUGAGAAGGCGUGGCAGUCUGGUGUCCCACUGACAAUGUCUGGACCUCUCUGUGUUCGUACCAUCUGUUACCUGUGUGGUAGUGCUGGCAAACAUGAGUUUGUUUUCUGUAAUGUCUGUUGUGAACCAUUCCACGAGUUCUGUCUGGAGGAAGAGGAACGUCCGACGGAAGACAACCGAGAAAACUGGUGCUGCCAUCGUUGCCAGUUCUGCCAUGUGUGUGGUGAACAAUACAAUCUGUUACGUUGUGACAAGUGUCAGAAUACGUAUCACCCCGAGUGCCUUGGACCCAAUUAUCCCACGAAGCCCUCCAAGAAAAAGAAGAUCUGGGUGUGUACGAAGUGUGUCCGUUGUAAGAGCUGCGGAUCCACCACUCCGGGAAACGCUGGACAUGCUACGUGGACGUACGACUUCCAACUCUGUUACGAAUGUGGGAAACUGAUGGACAAAGGAAACUUCUGUCCGAUGUGCCACAAGUGUUAUUCUGAUGAUGACUGGGAGUCGAAGAUGGUUCAGUGUGUGACCUGUGAAAGCUGGGUACAUGCCAAGUGUGAGGGAUUAAAUGAUGAGAUGUAUGAACGUGUGUCGUUUCUGCCUGAAGAUGUCCACUACAUCUGUAAAAUGUGUUCCCCAAGCGACCGCCCACGCCAUUGGGAGCUGGUUCUACGAGACGACCUUCAGGCCGGCAUCAAAUCUGUGUUUUACACUCUCCUCAAUGCCAAGUGUGCCCAACACCUCCUACACAUCGAUGUCAAGAAUGAACCGAUCCAGAAGGAAGAGGUGUCAAAGGGAGGGAGUAGUUCUACUGGAACAGCUGAAGGGGAGUGCAAUAAAGAAUCAUCAUCGGUGGAGGGAGUAAAAGAUUGUGAUAGAACAGCCUGUGAUGAAAACAAACAAUUAGAAGACAGUAAAUCAGUGGGAGGAGACUCAAAGGAUUCAACAGCCACGAAAGAAAGUUUAGUUGGGUGUAACCAAGAACCGGUGACUAUGGAAACAGACACUGUAGAUGUAGAGUCUAUAACUGAUUCAAAAUGUGAUUCAAAUUCCUCUGAUAAGGCAAAAGGAAAUGAGACUGGUUUAGAGGUAGGGCGGGAGGUGUCAGGGGAUGGGGAACGUGUGGGGUUUGGGGGCAAAGCAUACUGUGAUAAUAGAUCCGGUGAAGGUUCCGUAUCGGAGAAACUUGUGCCUUGUUCAGCCGGAGACUUAAGUGAUAGUGAUAGUGAAGUUCCCAUGGAGAUAGAUCAGUUGUGUGAAGCUGAUGGAACAGCCUCUGGAAAUGAACCUGUGGGAGGUAGUAGUAUUAAUAGAACAGCCUCUGUGAAUGACUUACAGAGAGUUAGUGAAACUGGUGUAACAGAUUUUAAAAAUGACUUGGUGGAAGGUAGUGCUAUUGAUGAAACAGCCUCUCAAAAGGAAGGUGGUAAUGAUGAUGGAAUAGCGACACAGAAAGUGCUGAACACACGAGGAGCGUCAACUGACCUCAAAGACGAGGUUGAUGGAGGUCAAGCAGGUGUUCAGGCACACGUGUAUUCUGAUUCUAUGCUUGACCAAUCACAAUCCAUCAUACAAUCACAACCAUUCUUAUCAUCAGAGAAGUCGGAGGACCAAUCAGCACUAGAGAAGUCUAAAUCAAUUGACCAAUCAGAAGUCAUUUCUAUUACAGACGAUAAUCAAAUCGAUUCUAUACCACACACUACUGACCAAUCAAAUUCAAUUAUACAGGACUGUAAAGUAGAAAGUGACCAAUCAGAUUUAAGUUUACAUUUGAAGUCUACUCUAUCAGAUGACGUUUCUAAGAUAGAGGUUAAGACAGAGGAGAACAAGUUGGAUACGACAGCAAAUAUUGAUAACAAUAACUCAUUAGAAUUAAAAUGUGAAGCAUCUGAAACACAUGAUACAAAAUGUGAAGCGUCUCGAACAGAUGAAACAAAAUGUGAAACAUCUCUUAUAGAUGAUACAAAAUGUGAAAUGUCUCAAACUAAUGAUACAGAAUGUGAUACAUGUCAAAUAGAAGAUUCAAAAUGUGAUAAAUCUCCAACAGAAGAUAGAAAAUGUGAAUCCCCCCGAAAGGAAGAUACAAAAUGUGAAUCGCCUCAAAAGGGAGAUACAAAAUGUGAAAAUAAAAAAGACGAUUUGAAAUGUGAAACUUCAAAAGACAAUAAAGAAUGUGAAACUUCAAAAGACAAUAAAGAAUGUGAAACAAAGUGUGCCACUCCUGAAAAGUUGACGCUGUCGCCUAUGACAGAUGUUUCUUUAGUAACACCUAAAAAGUCCGGAAGUUUGAACACUGUGCAUGUACGGUUCAGUGAGAAAAGUGGAUUUCUGCGACAAGUGGCUCCUACUCGAGACUACCCACAUGAUUUCAGUGCAGUGAAGGUCAAAAUGGCAUCAGACAAAUACAUUAAUGUGGAGGAGUUCAGCGAGGACAUGGCUCACAUAAUAUCACAAGCUCUGAACGAUCCCCUAGAUCAGAGGAUAGUUCGCAAGAAAAACAACAACUCCGUACGGUCUAUGUUCGUCAAGCAAAUGGAGAGGUGCUUUCCCUGGUUCAAUAUAAAGACCUGCAAACUAUGGGACCAACAGCAAAACCUCCCAGGAGGGAUGUUACCAGAUUCUGUGAUACCGCCAUCAGAAGAUCAUACUUAUGCACAAUGGCUGGAGCGACAGGAAACACCAAAGUCCCCACAGCCCUCGCCCUUCAAGAAGCUCCACAGCACUCCCAUACCCAAGGCUCUACCCAUAGCUGUUGAUGAGGAUGCUGAGAAGGUUCUGUCAUGUGACUUGGAGGAUGCGGGCGAGGACAUGCGCCGAUGCAUUCUCUGUUGGCACUACGGUGAUGCUGACCCCAACGAUGCCGGCCGUCUAGUCUACACAGGACAAGAUGACUGGAUCCACAUCAACUGUGCUCUGUGGUCAGCUGAAGCUUACGAAGAAGAACUUGAUGGUUCACUUCAAAAUGUCCACGCAGCUGUAUCGAGAGGAAAGCUACUGAAGUGUGACCACUGUAAUCGCUCAGGUGCGACUGUUGGCUGCUGUAUGCGAGGAUGUCCCGCAAACUACCACUUCAUGUGUGCGAGACACAGUUACUGUGUAUUCCAGGAAGACAAGAAGGUUUUCUGUAGUCUACAUCGGGACAAAGUGGAUGGGGAGCUGGUAGCCAGGGACCGAUUUGCUGUGAAUCGACGAGUUCUUGUCGAUAUGGAAGGGGUCAAAUGGGCCAAGAAAACAUGGGCUAAGGGGCUAGACCCAGCAGUCAUCAAUGUCCUUAUUGGGUCUUGUACAGUGGAGUCCCUCGGGAGGCUGACUCCUUCAUCCGAUUAUAGAGACUGUCUGGCACCGGCCGAAUUCAGUUCCUCUCGAGUGUUCUGGAGUACUAGGGAUGCACGUCGUCGCUGCGUCUACUCAUGUCGGAUCGUAGAGGUCAAACCCGAUAGUCCCAAAUCCAUCAAGGUUGUUCUAAAGGAUGUGACCAUCAUACAUGAUGAAAGCCACCCGGACUACGUGCCCUUGUCUACACUGGAUAUCCCGGGCGUGAAUCUCUUUCCCGACACAGAAUCGCUCAACAAUAAAAAUAACAACAGUUUCAAAUCGGACAUUAUUGAUCUAUCUGGAGAGUCGUGUGAAUUGGACGGUUGCCUAAGUUACCAGUCCUCGAGUGUUCAGGGUCAAGGUCUCAGUUCAAGUUAUAACGGAAGUUCAUCUACCGUGAACGAUUCUCAGUCCGACAAGCUUAGUAGUUCUUGGCCCCUCGUGAAGAAGAAAAGUUCAAAAGUAGAUUUGUCAUUGCUGUCCCCAAAAACACUUAAACUCCUAAACAUCAAGGACCCAGAGAAAUAUAAGAAAACUGCAGUGCCUGAGACGCCACCAGUGAAGCCAGUGACUCCUAGUGUUGUUAACGAGAACAACUUCAGUGGGUUCCUGACGAAGAUUGCUGAUCGUCUGAACCAAGCUGCUGCACGGAAUAUUGUCCGUAAAGAUGGUGAAAAGACUCCUGCGUCUGGCGGGAGGCCUGGAAGGGCGAGAUCAAAUUCAGUCGAAAGGAUGACAUGUUCACGGUCGAGUUCUGUGGAAAGGUUAGCUCCGUCUCCUCUCUCACAUGUACGGUCAAAAUCUGUCGAACGAUUUGCGACAUCUCCCUUGCCUUGUUCAAGGUCAAGGUCAAAUUCUACAGAGAGAGACUUCCUGGCAAGUUCUCCUGGGGUCCUGCCGGAGAAUAACACUGAGCUCGGUAACGGUACAGAAACCAAUCAGACAAAAGAUUCCGACGGAAAUGCCACAUUUUCAACAGCCUCUGCAGAAGAGUCCAUGGACCAAUCAGGAAUAACCCUGGACUCCAGCCUGGAACCGAUCGCAGAGGAAGGGGAUGCUAAUGUUGAAAACAUUCGGGAGACUGUGAUUGUGCUACCAGAGGACUGUGGGGAACUCACGGAGGAAGAGGUAUUGGCCAUAGCACAGGCAGCCCUUGAGCAGGAAGAAGGGGAGGGAACUAUGGAAUUACAACAAGUAGAGGCAGCAUGUGAAGAAAAAGUAGAUACUUUGCAGGAAAAUCAGGAAGAUGAGAGUCAAGAAGAAAGCAAUUUCGUGAAGCAAAGUGACACCAAUGAGAAUCACCAGAUAAUGGAGACAAAUGAUGGAGAAGAGAUCUCUGAACAUAAAGGGGAGAUAACUACCGAAAAUCCUGAGGAAGUAAGGGAGACAAUUCAAAAUCGGAUAGGACAGAUUAUUGUAUCAGAUUCUGAUGAAGCAAGGGAAACAACUUCAGAACAAUCUGCUGAGGUAAUAGACCAACAAGGGGAGAUAAAUCAAGAUAGUUCCUGUGAGUUGAAGGAGACAACUUCAGAUUCACAAGGGGAGGUAACCAAAGAACAUUCUGCUGAGGAAUUUGAAAAAAGUGAGGAAACUUGGUGUGAUGAUAAGCAAUCUGAAGAAAUACAAGGAACUUCUAUAAACCAUUCUAGUGUUGAAAGGGAGACAACUGUUGAUGAUCCAAGGAAAACAUUAGUGGAGCGUUCUGGAGAGGUGAAGGAAAAUGUUUCAGAUCCUCAAGAUGCCACUUUACAGAAAGACAAGGACUGUAAGUCUAUGGACACUGAGGCACAUGAACAAAAUUCAGGAAGUAAAAUUAAUGAUCAAGGGGAGGUAACCCAACUUGACUUGACAAGUGAUUCAUCAGAUGAGUUAGAAGCUGAUUUAAAUGAUGUUAUACUUAUAGACAUUAAGAAAGGUCAAGAAGAGCCUCAGGAGUCCGGAAAAUCUGGAAAAUGGCAGGAGAUUGGAAAAUCGGAAAAAGGAAGGGAAGCUGUCGGAUUGGGAAAAGUGCGGAAGCCGGUCAGGUCACAUAAAGGACAAGAGACUGUCAUAUCAGGAAAAGAUCAUACACCAGAUAUACAAUGGAGUGAGGAUAUGUAUUUGUGCAGCAGUUCUGGAUGCUUCGUACCAAAUAAUUCGUCUGAAUCCAUGUGCAAUAAGGACUUGACAGAAUCUGUUUCAGACAAAGACUUGAUUGAAUCAGAGUCUAGUGAGUGCUUGAGUGAACUUGCUCCCACCAAAAACAUAAACAAAUCAGUGUCAGACAAAGGCUUAAUGGAAAAUAAAUCUGUAUCAGACAAAAGCUUGAUGGAAUGUCUGCCAGCCAGUAGUUUAACAGAUUCUGUGUUGGACGAUGGCUCGACCAGGGUGCAGAAGUUGGGACUGACAGAUCAACAGGAUGAGAUGCCUACAGGUGAGGAGAAUGAAAGCUUAAAUGACCAAGACCAAUUUACACAAGGUCAGAAACUCGCUGAUAAGAGACCAGUAGACAAAACAGAAAUGAUUCUUGACAGUGGAAAAGAUGAUCACGCAGAAAUUACCUCUAACUCAGGGGAAAGUGGAGAGACAAUGUGGACCAAUCAGGAUGGAGCUUGCAAUGUAUCAUCUACUUCGGCCAAUCAGCAGACAGAUCACAGACCAUUGGAGGACAGAAACAAAAUCAGAGGCAAUUCAGUAAAAGAGAGUAACAGCAUUGAAGGCAAUGAAACUGCUGCCAUCGAUUUGACAGGCGAUGACCUGGAAGACGAUUUAGAAGAAGCGACAAAAAAAUCCAGGACAAAGUCAGGUGAAGGCACCGUAGAACAAAUGGACAUUAUGGAUAUCUCUUUGUCGGGCAGCUCCGAUACUGCUGACGAGGAUCGGGAAGAUAGGCACAAAAUUAUCCGAAGAGAACCACUACAUUUCUUACGUCCGAUUGAAAUGGAAGAUCAGGAGCCUGUAAGGCAAAGAAAGAAUCGUAAGAAAUCCCCUAUGUGGAAGUCGAAAGAUAGUAAGAAGGAUAAACCAGAUGACAUAGACAAGUCGAGGUCACACAAGGAGACUGAUUCUCUGGAUGGGGCCAGUUCAUCAAGUUCCAAGGUCGCCAAAGAAACAACAUCUGAUACGAAAUACGAGAAUUCUGAACACGGAACAAUAGAAAGUACGAUUCACUUGAACAUCGUAACAAAAUCUGGUGAAGUAGAGAAUUGUGCUGAAACUGAAAUCAAAAAGGGAGAUAACUCUCAAUGUGACGAAAAUCAGCCAUUGGAUGAGAAGGAUCUUCCACAGCAUGAGAAAUCAGAUGAGACUCACAGUGCAGAGAUUGUGGAGCCGGUUUAUAAUGCUAAAAAUGAGCUUAUUGGGCAUAGAGUUGUUGUUUCCGGCGACAGUAACGGUUCAUCAGAAACAUCGGAUGCAGAGAAAAGGAUCAGUCCAACGAUAGACCUUUGGAACAUGGUAGUCAGGGAGUUAGUCUCGGAAAAUCCGGAGAAAUUUCACCCCAUCAAAACUGAUGUUUCCCAGUCUGAGGAAGCAGCUAAUAAUGUUGAUGAUUUAGACCACAAUGAUAAAGAAGAUGAGAAUUUGUCUUCUGGUCAGAACAUGUUGGCCGAAACCUGUGAUCCUCAUAUUACCAAGGGAGAUAACUCUGCCAAAGAUCAAAGUGAUGCGGACAUAUCUGAAGUUGAUAGCAUUCCACCAUUGUUUGAAGUACCAUCUGUCAAAACAACAUGGGAGAAUGUGAACGAAGAAGAUCAGACCGCAGACAAUCUGAAGGAUAAAGUGUGUUCCACCACGGAGCAAACACCGGUGAGUAAUACUCCGGAUGUGUCGCCGGUCAACAAGACACCGGUCAAAGCCCAUACUGAGGAGGAAAAGAGAUUAGAGAAGGAAAAAACUGAGAUUCUCAAAGGUCUAGGACUGGCUAGGACUCCAACUGGAAAUGAGGAAACGUCCAGUCCGGAAACCAGUAGCAAGUCCUCACCACUGAAAAAAUAUCCUCUCCGUCACCGACGGUCAAACUCCGGGCAUUCAGAUGAUAGUCCGGUCAAAGGUGAAAUGGACUGGUGGAGUGAGCAAAAGCUACCGAUUCAUGUGGAAAUAGCACAGAAGAUCAAAGCAGAAAGUCUAGCUAAGAGUAUUCCGGGGGCAAAAGGACCUUUUAAAUGCCCUACAUGUAAACGGCUCUAUCGCACGCGGGAAAGUUUUAAAACUCAUGUGAAAUCCUGUGACUUCGAAGUCAGCACGAGUGAUGAGGAAGAAGAGGAGGAGGAGGAGGAAAAAGUGGAGGAGGAAGCGAAGGAUGGAAGGAGGAGGUAUUCGGUACGGGAACACACCAUGGAGGCUAGGAAAGCAAUGGAGGGAGAAAUGAGGGCAAGGGUAGUACUGCAGAACAGGGAGACGUCGCCCAGCAAGAAACGUGGGCGUCCAAAACGAUCUCUUAAUGAGGACCAUAAGGACCUUUCAAAUCAUAUUGGUAGCCAAGCAAUGGACGAUGGCACACCACCUGUUAAACGUGGUCGAGGCAGACCCAAGGCAUCACCUGAUGUCAUGAUGCCAGAUUGUCAGGAUAAUGUGAAGAGACAGAAAAACAGGCAAAGUGUUGGAACCGGGGAUAUGAAGGAUGGAACAAGCAACAGCCCAGAGACUUUCGGAAGUAAAGGGAAGAGGGGCCGACCCCCAAAACUAAAAUCCCCUCUGUCUCUAAAAAGUCCUGUGAAAGAGAAAGGUCGGGCCACUUCUGCGGGAAAAGCUGACCAUGAAGGUGUACGGAAAAGAGGACGACCACCUCUGAAAAGUCCAAAGACAGAACCUGAAGAGGGAGACAACAAGAUGGCUGGAAUUAAGAGAUCACCACUUAAGAGUUUGACACCAACAAAAGCGGACAUUGUCAGGAAGAGGGGACGUCCUUCAUUAAAAUUUUCUCCGAAGAAAGUGUUUGUCGAGGAGGAUAUUGUACCUAGAAAGAAAGAGAGGCUGUUCGGCGGAGGGUUAAAAAGUCCUCCACUUCGCAGUCCUGUCAGAGGUUUGGUUGGUUCGCCAAAGGGGAGAGGAAGGCCGCCAAAGACAAAUUCCCCAUCAGUUAAAAUUGAAUGUAAAGAAGAAAGGGUUAUGGCAGCAAAAACCGAGCAACAGGAAGUUACUGUACAUUGUGGAGAGGUUUCCCCGACCCGGAGGCGUGGACGACCUGCAAAGAAACCCAAAUCUCCAGACAAGAUCGAAAAUGAUCAAAAUGCGGUAAAGGAUCGACCCUCAAUAUUUGAAAUAUUUCCCCCAGUGGAAGGAUCUGUUGGAAACGUUUUAUCGCCAGAGGGGAAAUCUACGGUAGAGGAAACAUCACCAGUUGUAAUAGACUCGGCCAAAUCACCUGAGGUGAAGCGUAAGAGAGGCAGGCCCUUCAAAUAUAAACAAAUACAGGGAAAAGAACCUUUGAAAAGAGACGAAAAUAAUCGACCACUGGAGGGGAGAAAAUUAAGUCCAGAUGUCAAAGGUCGCAAAUCUGACUUGAAGGUCAAGGAUGGUAUGUAUACGGAGAGUGGGAGGCCAUCACGAAGAACAGCCUCGCUCGCGUUGCAGAAAUUUGAAGACAACUUAGGCACAGAUACUGAUGAUACCUUAGAUAAUGACGAGAACUGUGAUCAAGAUUGCAAUUCUGCAACAGGAAGUGAAAAGGUCAAGGGGAAUAACUCUAAUGAAGCAGCAACUCAAAAGGAUGACGAGACAGAGACGAAUGAUUGUGAUUCAAUAAAUAAUUCAAGGAAAAAGCUGCACUUUAUUCCUUCUGGGAAGGAAACAAUGGAAGAUUGCAGUGAAGAGAAGGGAAGUAAUGUUACAAGUCCAGACAUCAGUAACGCAUCAUAUAGACAGGGUGAAGUUAACAAAACCACAGCGAACCAUGAUCUCCCUAAGGAAGGCAGCAGUGCCUCUUCUGCUAUUGUGAUUGACAGUGAGAACGAGGAGGAACAAAAGACAGAGGAGGAGACAUGUGAGCAAAUCAGUAGCGAUGGACAAUCUUUAUCUACCUGUAAGGAUGGAAAGAUGCCGGUCGUUUGUGAGCAAACCAGUAGCGAUGGACAAUCUUUAUCUACCUGUAAGGACGGAAAGAUGCCGGUCAUUUGUGAACUUUUACCAGCCACAAUCAAUACAGAACCAAACAAUGUCAUCCAGGAAGUGUGUUCAGCUGAAAAAGAACAAAAGCAUGAAGUAAUGUCACAGUGGUCUACUGGCAGUGAAUCUGUUGCAUCUCAGCAUCCAGAGUUUUCUAGUAAAAAGACCUGUAUAACGAUGGUAGGGGCCGGAUUUACCAAAUGCUCGCAGGAACCCUCCAGUCAGUCGACAGAUAAUUUUACAUCUUUAGCGUCUAGUCACCAAGGCCGUGGAGGGAAAUUGAUGUUGGCGUCAGGUUCACAGAUGGUGGAGAAAGACAAACAAAAGGAUCCAGGACAGAUUAUUUCUACGAGGACGAGGAACACCAGCUCUGAGUCUAACGCCAAGACACAGACAGCAGGCAGCUCCAGUAAUGCUGGAAUCGGUGAGAAUAUGGUCCAUCCGACGACACCCAUGUCAAUACGUGAUCUCCUACAGCAGAAAAUGGCUAUCGCUCCGAAGGAGAAACCUGGUUACCAGGUUGUGACAAUUCACAGGCCUAAGAGUGCGGACAUGUUGAAGGAAGACAUUCGGAGCAUACUUCCAGUACUACCUGCUAAUAUACUAGAGCAGCUUCGGGACCCUAAACAGCGAAUCGGCGCGGUCAAAAUGAUUCAGAACCUUAUCAAGGUCAAAUCGGCAUCAACAAAAAGUGUUGAAGACAUUACACCACUUUCGAAAUUCACUGUACCACACAACCUGACCACACGAGAAGGUAUACAGAGCUACAUCCGAUCACACAUCGGUCAACGAAGCAAGGAGUCUGGGGUGGAGUUAACACAACAGCCUAACAUCAUUGUCACCAGUCAACACGUAACUCCAGAAGUUAUUACUGGGCCGUCCUACGGCAUGGUGUCCCCCAGUGAUCCGCGUCUGCUUUCACCUGCAGCUAUGGCCACAGGCUUUCAGGUGAUGUCACCCACUAACAACAGUCUGGCUGGGACUAUUGUCCAGGUGCCUGGCACCCUUCCUUAUCAACUAUCCCCACCACAACCAAUCGCCCAGCUAUCUCCACGAAUACCGAUAGCGACAAAUUCUGCCAACCAGUUGUCUCAGCUCUCCCCCCAGGUACAGAUGCAUACUCCGUCCCCAAGGGCGUCCAUUGCUCCACUUAUGCAGCCCCAAGUGAAUCCUCAGAUACUUAGAGAUAUGUCUCGCAUUCAGCAACUCCAAAACCUUCAGGCUUCACACUUACCUCCCUUUAACAUUGCACCCAGUUCUGUGAGCGUAUCCCAGCAGCCUCUACCACCAUUUAACAUUGCAGCUUCACCACAAUCUGUCCUGGGCGUGACCUCAACUCCGACCGCAAUAGGUCAAAGGGCAGUCUUUAUGGGGCCUCCAAUGGGAGCUUUCAACAUUCCACAAGUGUCAGGCAUGAGGCCACAGGAGGGGGUUUCAAGUUUGCCAGGUACGAUGGUGAUUCCUCAACAGGUAUCGGUGGCCCCACAAAUGUAUACUACUCCUCAGAUGGUCACUAACACUUAUCAGCCUACAGAUCACAUCGUCACGGGAAAUUCUUCAAGCUCACUGCCUUCAGUUCUAACGGGGGAGGAGACGGAUAAAAAGAACCCCAACACCUUAGUCCGGAUAUUUGUGGAUGGUAAACCAGUCGCUGUGACUACAGAUCCAUCUGUGCUCAAUAAUCAUGACAAGCUGCUGUCGCGUCUCGGUUCUACGAACCUGCAAGCUGGAACAUACAGCAUCACUGUAUCAACACAUAAGAUGUCGGUCAGCACCAACACACUGACCAUGGCUGGUCAGUCUUCUUUGUCCUGUCCAGUACCACUAGCUCCUAAGAGUAGCGAUGGGCGUGUGUUACAUUCAUUACUCAAAACUCCACCAGUUUCUAGUUACGGAGCAGCUGUGCUUCCGACGGUAACCACCUCCACCCAGGCGUCCAGUAUUAUGUCCACCGGUCAAGUGUCCACGAUCAGCAACAGUGCCAUCAAGAAGUUUUUGUCGAGGAAGGAGAUGACAUCUGUCACAGGCCUUCAUUCUUACGUGAAGAAUACGGACGGGAAGGUGCGUAAACCAAUGAUAAAACCGAACAUUAUCCACAAAAAACGGGUGACAGGAAGUUCCAGUCUCAGCAAGAAGGUGCUUGUUACCAUGGAGAAAAAUGGAAUGAUCCAGGGAGCCAUAGCGAAGGCAGUGAUGCGUAAACUCGUAAGGAACAGUAAUGAAGUGUCGCCGAAAAAGAAAAUUGUGUUCCGUGGCCUUACUGCAGGUGAAGGUGUCCAAACGACGACAUCAGAUUCCAAGAAUAUUCCGUCGGCGGCCGAAACAAAUACAGGUAAACUUUCUGGAAGUGUUACAAAGUCACCGAGGAUAAGGAAAGUUACUCCUGCUAACAAAAUCAAAGUGAAUAACAUCAAAAAGGGAAUACGGAGGCGGAAAACACCACUAAAGGCCAGGAACGUGGCUCUUCCUCAUGUUACAGGGGUCAUGAGCCACCCGAUCCUACAUGCCCAGAAAGAACUGCUAACCCUGCCGCAGCCCGCGGUGGAGGAGGAAGUGGUUGCCACGCCGUACUCCAGGGCCAACGACUCCCACGGACGGCUACCAUCCCGUGAUAGUGCUCGGAGUAAAAAUGAACCGUACCUUGCGUUUGAGAUCAGCAGUGACGAUGGCUUUUCCUGUCAUGCUGACAGUAUGGACGAGGCGUGGAGACAGGUCGCAGAAAAGGUUCAAGAUGCUCGAGUUGCCGCUCGUAUGAAACAACUUUCCUUCCAGAGUAUGAGUGGUGUAACCAUGUUCGGCGUAAACCACAACUCCCUGCGUUACCUCAUAGAGCAGCUGUAUGGCAUGCAGCACUUCCGUAACUACGAGACUCUCUACCAUCACUACGAUCUGUCGCCCGAGGAAGAGGAGCCCACAGAAAAUCCAACAGGCUGCAUCAGGACUGAGGGUUACCAUGGACGCAAGCCAUUCGACAUGUUCAGCUUCCUCAUGUCCACAUACCGUCGCAAACCGGACCCUGUCCACGCUGGCAAGAGUGACGUGGAAAUGAAUCUUAAGUCCCAAAGGCGAGCGACCAGCAUGGACCUACCGAUGGCGAUGAGGUUCAGGAAAUUGAAAGAACACUCGCGAGAAGCUGUCGGUGUAUACAGAUCACAUAUACAUGGUCGGGGCCUAUUCUGUAAGAGAAAUAUUGAUGGCGGUGAAAUGAUCAUCGAGUAUGCAGGGGAGGUAAUCCGAUCCUCUCUCACAGACAAGAGGGAGAAGUAUUACGAGAGCAAGGGCAUUGGAUGUUACAUGUUCCGUAUUGACGAUGUAGAUGUUGUGGAUGCCACGAUGCGUGGCAGUGCCGCUCGCUUUAUCAACCACUCUUGUGAGCCCAACUGUUACUCUAAGGUCAUACAAGUGGACGGCAAGAAACACAUUGUCAUCUUUGCCAGUAGAGCGAUUAAACGAGGCGAGGAAUUGACGUAUGACUACAAGUUCCCAAUAGAGGAGGUUAAAAUCCCAUGUACCUGUGGACAAAAACGAUGUCGCAAGUAUCUGAACUGAGGAUUCAAUAGCGAUGAAGAUCCUAUAAAUCUGUGAACAAAGAUGGUGGCCAAAGUGCCUCAAAUGGAAACUUAUUUUAACAAGUUAUUCUUUAAUGGAGUUGAUAAUCUCAUUAACAUGAAAAUGAUCUCGAAGGAGGCUUGAUUCUACUGUCUGAAGUAGUUGAUGUUCCUGAAUUCUUCUUAAUGAAUCAUAAAUUCUAUAAAUACAAAUGUGUCUUGCAUCCGUUUUACCAACAAACCUAGUCGGAUGUAAUUAUUUCUGGAUAAUACUUCUAGUCAAAAUUGAAAUGAUCAACCUUGAACUUUGACCUGUCCAGAAGGAAGUGGGAGUUGAACUCGACCAUGGCUGCCUGAGAGAAGGCGGAAACGUGUCUGUGAUAUUUUUAUGUGUGUAUUUGUGUUAACUCCCAGAUCAGUAAGUUAAACAGAAAGUUUUACGAUAAAAAUUUAAUAGGGGAUGAAAUUGAAUGCACAUGGUUCAUUUUGAGAUUUUUUUCUAUUUAUUUAUAUAAGGGUGUCUUAUUGGUUUUGAUGACAUAGAACUUGUUGGCAAAAACAUCUGAAGGUUUUACUCCCAACUAGUGUUUGUUAAAUAAGUUAUAAGCAAGGGAAAAGAUCGACUUUGCUUGAAUGCAUCAUAUCUUCAUUGCAGAAAUCAGUUUUGACCAAUUUCAAUAUUUUCACUCUCUUGGCAAUGUUUUGAAAUAAGUACUGUUGAAAUGGCAAUUCCAUAUCAAUUUAAAAUCUUGGUGUUGAAUUUCUACUCUAAAUCUACCGAUGUCAGCGGUGUUUAUUUUCCAUGUACUACAGUGUAACAGUUAAAAUAUUUUCAAUAAAGAUAAAUAAAUAAAUAAAUAAGACAUUCCAGAAAUUAAAUGUACAAUUUUAUUUAUUUUUUUUUUUUUCAUCAGAAUUUUAAACACAAAAUAAAAAACAGUAUAAAUUACAGUUAUUAGUAUUGAUAAUAAUAUUAAAAAGAAUUAUUUCAAGACGAGGACCCUGGGGAGGCAUUGCAGAUAAGUUGAAUAAACGGUUAAGUUCCCGGUGAUUAUUGAAUACAAGUAUAAUUCUUGAAAGAUCAAGAUAUAUACAUGUAUAUGAUAUAUGUAUACUCAUUGAAAUUGAUCGCAUAGAACUGAUAGGAUAGAGACUGGUCCCUUUGUAUGGAGUACAGGCAGCUAUUUUGAUUUGGGGGAGGGACGUCGUAGUUUGGCAUGUCUGUAGUCGGUACCUAUAUCGGAGUAUCAUAAGCCAGGUUUUGACAGAUGUAAGGCCAAAUGAAAAAUAUGUUUGUUUCUUUUUAUAUUUUUCCAGUCAUCCUAAUCUAUCUUGGUAAUUAAAAAUAUAGAAUUAUUGUAACAUAAUAUAAAGUUUAUGUUUGGUGACAAAAUUAUAAUUAUCGUCUCUUGUCAAGGCUACACAAUGGUAAAUAAGAAGGGUAUUAUGUGGUUUGACAAGUAUUUAUUCAUUUUCAUUCCAUCUGUCUUGUUUUUGUAUUUUUGUUGGGUUUUUUUAAUGGAAAUUUGUGGUAAGUGGUAUUAUAAGACAAAUAUAUUGAUCACUUGACCUAAUAUUUAAUUUUUAUUUAUUUUUUUGAGGAAAAUCAUUGUUAGCAUAGAAUUGACGAUGAAUAGUAGGAUUACGUCGAGAAGUUUUGUUUAUUUCGUUUCCAAAUAACAAAAUUUCAAGAAAAUAUUAUUCUAGUGAGAAUUUGUUUGAUAUAAAACAGACCUGUCAAACAGAAUUUAUUUCUUAAUAGCCUGAGUUUCCUCUAGCCCUGACACCAUGUCUGUUGUCGCGAUCGGGGCCAGAGGAAACUCCGGCUAGUUUCCUAAGUGCUCAAAAUAUAUAUCCAAUGGGAGGAAUCCAGAAAUAAAAGAAAUUCUAUACAUGAUGGCUGCUUGGAAAAUGCAGCCUAUAAUAUAGUAUUGUUUGAAUUAAAUCACUUCUAUAGGUGGCCCCUGUUUGACAAACCCCGAGUGCUCCCUCCCAUUGGGUAAAUAUUUUACUGGAAUAGCCUUAAUGAUACUGAUAUUGGUAGUGUGUUAAAUUGACGGUGCUCUUUGCCCUAACAAGUGCUCUAUACCUGUCGGAACUCAGUUUCUAAAUAUAUAUCCCUUGCUUGAGAUUAAAUUGAAUAAAAAAACAAAUAUUUUCAUCUUUGAAUUAUAAUUGACUGAUAAUUAACUAAUCAUUUCCAUUGUCGUAUUUUGAAAUUCCUGUGUUUUUAUAAGAUUUUUUCCAAGUGAAUCUUUCUCAUUACUGUAAAUAUGUUUGGGCUAGUCUGUUUUUUGUAUAGUUUGUUUAGUCCAUUAUAGCCAUGAGCAAUGCAAUAAAUAAAAUGUAUAUCGUGUUCCAAAUGACGUUGACAGUGAUAUUUAGACAGAAGGAACGACAGCUAUGCUGUACAUUUCGUAACUUUCACUUUUGUUUAUUUCAUGUUUUUCAUUUAAAUUAAUGACCGAUCAUAAAAUCAUGGUGAAAUUAAUUAUUUACUAUUUAUAGACAGUGAUAAAUCUACAAUUUAGUUUCACAAGUCAUUUUUCAACUGUAUUGCUAAAAACAAUGAGUCUCGCAAUGUUGACGAAGUAUUUCCAGAAAUUCUACGAGUACAGAACUUGGAACUUGUAGAUUUAUCACUGAAUAAGUGACAUUUUAAUUAACUCAAGUCUUACGGAAUACAUACAGAAUUGUCAUUUGAGGGGGAAAAUAAUUGAAAAGUGAAAUUUGAGUGAUGAAGAGAAGGUCCUUGGUAAUAUGUCUGAAUUCCAUAUACAAUUGUGAUAAAUUUGUGUAGAUUUAAUUUGUUUUAACAUGUCAUUAAGAUUAUACUUUGACUUUAAUUUUAUCAAUGUUUUGUACUGGUAGUCUAAGCUUGUAAUUCUGCUAUAAUAUUUUGUUGUUUGUAUGUAUAUAUGUAUAUACUGUAUAUAGCCAAGGGAGACAACUCAGUCUUGUGAGAAAUUAUAUGGUGUGUUUUUCGCUAUUAUGCUAUACAUAUUACUGUGAAAUUAGACAAACUACCUUAUGA